UUGGCAUUCCCCCGCAAGCCAGGAAGGAGGCAGGAUGGAAGAGUUCUCUGCAGCAGACUCUCUGCCCAGACCAUCCAACACAGCUUUUGCAAGUGGCGGUGGUGGGGAACUGGCUCUUCUGGCAUCUGCUGCAACACACAUAUUUGGAUCAUCUAUGAACAAAGGAGAAGGUCUUUGUGCAGAAGAAGAAGAGAUUCAACAUAUAUGUUCCACUUUGCAAAGGAUAACUGCUUUUCACAAUGCCCACGAUCUCACCCAGUGGAAUCUCUAUGUCAAGAUGUCUGAGCUGCUUGUUUUUGAGAUGGAACACAGCCCUCUACCUGUUCAGAUCCUUUUGCCUGCUUUACAGUGUGCUUAUUUUGCACUCCUCUGGCAGCUAGCUGCUGUGGCAAAGAACACUCCUUCCAAGGCAAAUCUCUUCAUUUUGCGGACAGACUUGAGGCGAUACUGCCAUAUAUGUACAUGCUACCUCAGGCACAACAACAGAGAUUUAUGUGAAAAGGCAUUUAUGAUACUCUGUGAUUUACUGAUGAUUGUAAGUCAUCAAGAUUCAAGCAAUAAUGGAACUACCAGGCUACUGGAGUAUCUUCCCAAUACAUCUCUUCAGUCUCAUAUGCUCUCAUUCAUUCAAGAUCAUGUUUUCACAGAGGAAGAAGAAGAAAUCAAAGGAGAUGGGAUACUGAUUUCAGAUGAUGGAGAGUCCUCAAAUGAAGAGGAAACCUGUGUACAUUUUUUUUUAAACUUUUUACUUUUCUUUUGAGGCUUGAUUUGCUGAAUAGUGUCGAUAAUGGCAUUUUUGAACCGAGGUUGCCAUUCAGGAGGAACUGCCUUUGGGAGACUACAGCCUGCCUCUGAGAGACCCGCCCGAUGGGGGGCGGGGGUUACUCUCUACAAGGAGAGAUCUCACCAGCAGCUGCCCCUGGGUGCCCCCAGAACAGCUGCUGAUAAUGCCUGAACAUUAACAGGCUGCUGAAAAGCCUCUCUCUUUUUGGGUGCCAUUUUGUGUCCUGCCUGCCACACCUGAUGUUCUGGCCAACAUGGGGGCUUUAUCUGCUGCCCUGGCCCUCAUCUCCACUCCAGUGGGAGAAGGCUGGGCUAGGUGGUGUGCUGCAGCCCACUUAAGCUGGGAAAGGAGGAGUGACAAUGGUCCCCGAAGUCUCCCCUGCCUCCACCUCUCCCAAAGACGUACUGGGCCGCUGCGCUACGAGUUUCAUGGCCCAAAGGUGGGGAACUUGUUCACGGCCUUCUCAGAGGUCUUGUCUGGCAGUGCUUUAGCGGCCGGGAAAGAAGCAUUUGGAGGAGGCGAUCCCAGUGCUCUGAUUGCUGCAGGAAAGCCACCCUGCCAUUUCCCCUUGUGGACCAGAAUCAUCCCAGUCCUCCUUGAGUACUCCAUGGCAAAGUGAGAGGGGGGAUAGGAUGAGAAUUUAAAGGAGUGGCUAAGAGGUAAAGAAAAUCCGAUAAAGUGUUUUGUUUUUGUUUUUAAUACAGUAGUAAGAAAAGGUAAGGAAUAAAGGGAAUAUAUAGAUUAAAACAGUAAAUAUAGACGAUUGUAUGAGGGAAAAGGGUAUUCAGUUGAGGAGAAAGAAUUGAAGCUGCCUGGACUGAAAUAACUGGGGGACUGAAAUAACUGGGGCAGGGCUAUCUUCCUCAGGCUCUAGUAGGCUUCUGUUCUUUUAGGCAAUUACCAUAGUCCUGCCUAGGAGCACGUGAGAAGGAUAACCCCAUAGAUAUGUCCUUGACCCCAGCAGUUGAGAAACUCCAGUUUUCGUUAGGGGCUGGAGGCGAGGUAUGCAGAAGGAUGAAGAUUGCAUCCUCUCUCAAUGCCUUAGAAAUAUUUAAGGGAUAAGCAGAAUCUCCAGCUUGCACUCUAGCAAACCUACUGAGUUAUUACUGAAUACCUACCACAUGAGCACAAUUUAUUGUACAUAUCACAUGGAAAUGAUUUACAGGUAAAAAAUUCAUCAUGUGUGAAGAAGCCCUUAUUUGCAUGACUACCAAAAAAGAAAAGGUGCAUUUAAAAUUUGGCCAAAAUCCCCCUUAUUUUAAAAUGUUGCUCCAGAAAACUAAGCUUGAUUCUUAACCCAUUCAGACAUCACACCUACCUCAUA